CAUUAGCAUGGCUUGGUGUUCAUCUCUCUACAAAAUACUACCUAGGUCCAGUUCAUUUUGGUCUAGUUUGGUAUGAACCCAUUUCCUUAAUCUGCACCAAAAAAGAAAAGUGCCCGAGGUUCAACCCUAGACUUUGAUCUAUUAAUAUUUAACAUUCCAUAGGGAACAGAAAGAAAAAUAAGUUGGAAAAAAAGAAAAAGAGAAGAAGAGAAAUAUAUAGCACUUGCAGGGAAGAUUACAAGUAAAACAUGGAGGUGGAAAAGCUAGUGGUGAUCUUUGUCUUGGCUUUUGCCUCCAUCAUUCCAAUCUUGAAUGCAGAUAUUGGGUAUUAUGAUGAGGUAUGGAAGAAACGAGCUGAGGAAGCUAAGAAGAAUAUGAUGGAUGCCUAUGUAGCCAACCCUUUAGAAGUCACCACGGAAUUCAACAAUCAAACAAAUGAGGGCAAGGAAAAGAAUGGAACUGUGGGCUCUGGUAAGGGAGAAGUCAAUACUACAAGCUCUUUUAGCGAAGCAGAAAACACAAAUGAUGAUAAUAAUGAGGAAAAUGAAGAUGAUAAUGAUGAGUGGAAUGAGACAAAGGGAAACUUCACUAAGGAGUUUGAAAAGGAAACGAAUAGCACAAGGAGAAACCUGAGGCAAGGGAAGAGACUCUACAAAGGUCCAUGUCACACAACCAACCCGAUUGACCGAUGCUGGAGGUGCAGAAAGAACUGGGCUAAAAACAGAAAAAGGCUAGCAAGAUGUGCACUUGGCUUCGGUCGGAGAACUACCGGAGGAAAAGCUGGAAAAUUCUAUGUAGUUACUGAUAAUACAGAUGCCAACGUGGUGGAUCCUAAACCAGGAACUUUACGCCAUGCUGUGAUUCAAAAAGCACCGUUGUGGAUUUAUUUUGCCCGCGACAUGAACAUCAAGUUGCAAAAGGAGCUAAUUAUUAAUAAUGAUAAGACAAUUGAUGGGCGUGGAGCUAAUGUGCAUAUUGCUUAUGGUGCUGGUAUUACUAUACAGUUUGUCAAAAAUGUCAUUAUUCAUGGACUACAUAUUCAUCACAUUUCAGCUGCUAGCGGUGGCAUGAUUAGAGACUCAAUUGAUCAUUUUGGCAUCAGGACUAACAGUGAUGGUGAUGGUAUUUCCAUCUUUGGUUCAACAAAUGUUUGGAUUGAUCAUGUUUCUAUGUCUCGCUGCCAAGAUGGGCUUAUUGAUGCUAUUCAAGGAUCCACUGGUAUCACCAUUUCAAAUUCUCACUUCACCCACCAUAAUGAUGUGAUCUUGUUGGGUGCAAGUGAUAGUUUCUCAGGUGAUCAAUUCAUGCAAGUAACAGUUGCAUUCAAUCAUUUCGGUCAAGGACUAGUGCAAAGAAUGCCAAGAUGCAGGUGGGGUUUCUUUCAUGUUGUUAACAAUGACUACACCAACUGGUUACUGUACGCCAUUGGUGGCAGCAUGCAUCCUACCAUUAUUAGUCAGGGCAACAGAUUUAUUGCCCCAGACAAUCAAUAUCUCAAAGAGGUGACGAAAAGAGAUUACGCCACAGAAGCUGAAUGGAAGAAGUGGACAUGGAGAUCAGAGGGUGAUCUACUGAUGAAUGGAGCAUUUUUUGUUCAAUCUGGGGAUCCUAAACUGAAGGUGAAACCAAGCAAGAAGUACCUUAUCAAAGCUAAGCCUGGAAUUUAUGCUACUAGGCUGACACGUUUUGCGGGGGCCCUGAACUGCAUUCCAGGCAGAAAAUGUUAGUUUAGUAUGUCUGGAAAUAUAACUAAUGUUUUUAUUGAGCCUGAAUGAAGAGAUAGGCAUGUUUAGUAUCUGAGAAGCAUAAAGGAACGUGCGAAUGAGAUCAAUUUUAUUCAUGUUAUUUUUGUUCGUGUUUCCAUUUUUUUUUUUAUUAUUAUUAUUUUUUUGUUUCUUUUUUGGGAAAAGGAAAUAGGAUGGAAGAUAUAGAUAUGGGAAAGGGAACAAAUUUUGAAAUCCUAAAAUUUUACUGCUCGUUCUUUUACCUUGAUAUUUUUUGAAAAAUAAUUAUUUAUAAUAAUUCAUACAUUAAUAUGUUUAUUUAUAUUUUUAUAGUUA